AUGAAGAACCGUAGUAGUACCUCCAUGCAGCUCGAAUGCGGGCAAUACUGCUGGUCGAUGACGAUUGGGUUCCGUGCGUACCUAAUGAAUAUAUCCUCGAACGUGAUGUUGGACGCUAGGCUCGACUGGGACGGGGCCCACGUCUUUAUUCGGACCCCAUUAUCAGUGCCCGUGAACGAGCAGUUUGCCACAUGUACCCCCACCACGUACUCCUUAUCGUGGCCCUUGCCGAGGCUCCCGAUGCUUAUCCCGUGGCCGGGCCCACACGCGACUCGGGAGAUGCCGAUGUCCCGGCUGCCGGAGACCAUGGACACGCAGUCGUCGCCGGUUCGGAUUAUGGAGUCGGAUAUUCGUAUGGCUUCGGAGGAGCCGAUGUGGAUGCCGUCGGUGUUGGGGCUGUCGGCCGGGGCCGUGAUGCGGAGUUGCGUGAGGCGGACGUUGGUGCAGGCGAAGAGGUUGAUGUGUGUGUUCUUGCUGUUGACGGACCUUAGAUGGUGGACUCUUGAGUUGGUCACGAAGUCGAGUCUCAGUGACUGUGAAACAUAUGAUCAAAUGAAGCUGAUCGGUGCCCGCUACUUCUACAAGGGGUACAUAGCGGGCGGGGGGCACCUCAACUCAAGCGACUACACGCCGCGCGACUAUGAAGGCCACGGGACCCACACCCUGUCGACAGCUGGCGGCAACUUUGUUUCUGGGGCCAAUAUCUUCGGCUAUGGUGACGGCACCGCCAAGGGUGGGUCCCCCAUGGCCCGAGUGGCAGCCUACAAGGUCUGUUGGCCCAUCAUCAAUGAUGGAGAUUUCUUUGAUGCUGACAUCUUGGCGGGCUUCGACAUGGCCAUCAACGAUGGGGUCGACGUGCUCUCGGUCUCCCUCGCUGGAGAUGGCAGUAUCGAGUAUUUUAUGGAUGCAUCAAUCAUCAGGUCGUUUCACGCGGUGAGUAAAGGGAUUGUGGUCGUCUUCUUGGGUGGAAAUGCCGGGCCAUUCCCUGCUACGGUGUUGAACGUUGCGCCUUGGAAGAUCACGGUUGGCGCAAGCACCAUCGAUAGGAAAUUUCCUAGCUAUUUAAUCAUAGGGAACAAGGCAUACGAGUCAUAUGUGGUGUAUUUGGGAGGUCAUUCACAUGGAGAAGAAGACACACAAACUGAUUAUGAUAGAGUCACUCAGUCUCAUUAUGACUUUCUUGGGUCAUUCAUGGGAAGAGCAAGAAAGUUGCAAACAACGAGGUCGUGGAGUUUUCUUGGUCUCGAAAAUGACGAAGGAGAAAUUCCUGCCAGCUCUUUGUGGAAUAAGUCCAGAUUGGGUGAAGAUGUCAUCAUCGCCAAUCUUGACACGGGCGUGUGGCCAGAAUCGAAAAGCUUUAGCGACGAAGGAAUAAGGGGUCUGAUUCCAUCAAAGUGGAAAGGAAUCUGCCAAAAUCAAUUUGAUCAGAGCUUUCAAUGCAACAGGUUGAAGCUGAUCGGUGCCCGCUACUUCUACAAGGGGUACAUAGCGGGCGGGGGACACCUCAACUCAAGCGACUACACGCCGCGCGACUAUGAAGGCCACGGGACCCACACCCUGUCGACAGCUGGCGGCAACUUUGUCUCUGGGGCAAAUAUCUUCGGCUAUGGUAACGGCACCGCCAAGGGUGGGUCCCCCAUGGCCCGAGUGGCAGCCUACAAGGUCUGUUGGCCCAUCAUCAAUGAUGGAGAUUGCUUUGAUGCUGACAUCUUGGCGGGCUUCGACAUGGCCAUCAACGAUGGGGUCGACGUGCUCUCGGUCUCCCUCGCUGGAGAUGGCAGUAUCGAGUAUUUUAUGGAUGCAUCAAUCAUCGGGUCGUUUCACGCGGUGAGUAAAGGGAUUGUGGUCGUCUACUCGGGUGGAAAUGCGGGGCCAUUCCCUGCUACGGUGUUGAACGUUGCGCCUUGGAAGAUCACGGUUGGCGCAAGCACCAUCGAUAGGAAAUUUCCUAGCUAUUUAAUCAUAGGGAACAAGACAUACGAGGGACAAAGCCUUUCACAAAAAUCACUUCCAGAGGGGAAGUUGUUCCCCAUAAUUUUUGCGGGAUAUGCAAAUGCCGCUGAUGCAACAGCGAAACAAGCGGAGAUGUGUGAAGCUAGAUCUCUGGAUGCUAGAAAGGUGAAAGGGAAGAUCUUGGUUUGUCUAUGGGGGGGAAGCGGGAGCAAGGUCUACAAGAGCUGGCAAGCCGCCUUAGCUGGUGCAAAGGGAAUGGUUUUAGCAAAUAACGAGGCCGCUGGGAAUAGGAUCAUAGCCGAUGCUCAUUUCUUGCCAGCUACUCAUAUCAAUCACAAAGAUGGACUUGCUCUCUUAUCUCAAUUGAAUAAAACAAGCAGGUCUCCCGUGGCUCGUAUCACCACACCAAUAACUCUUUUAGAUACAAAGCCAGCGCCAGUAAUGGCGUUUUUUUCAUCUCUAGGACCAAAUCCAGUAAUGCCGGAAAUUCUCAAGCCGGAUAUCACUGCACCAGGAGUUAGUAUCACAGCCGCAUAUAUCCCAAAAAUAGGACCGACAACCUAUGUCUAUGACACGCGACGUGUGUCGUUCAAUUCUAUGUCAGGUACUUCAAUGUCCUGCCCACACGUUGCUGGAGUUGUCGGCCUCUUGAAGAGGCUCUACCCAGAUUGGAGCCCGUCUGCCAUUAAGUCCGCUAUCAUGACCACUGGACACAUUGAUCCGAACCGGGCAAUGGACCCUGGACUCGUUUACGAUUUAGAAACAACAGAUUACCUCGACUUGUUAUGUGCAUUCGGUUUCAACCAAACGCAGAUUAAGUCGUUGUGGGAUAGAACGUACGCUUGUCCCAAGCGGAAUAUUAGAUUCAUCGACUUCAACUACCCCUCGAUCACAGUUCCCAACCUCAAACGCCCAGUCAUCGUGACAAGGAAGGUAAAAAAUGUAGGUCCACCGGGCACUUACAAAGCCUCCGUUUGUCGCCCAGAUGGAAUAUCAGUAAAAAUCGAGCCGGAUACGUUGGAAUUUAAGUCGGUUGGGGAGGUGAAAGGAUUCAGCAUUAAAAUACAGCCUGCAAAAAAUGGUGGUAGCAAAGAUUAUGUAUUUGGGAAGCUGACAUGGUCUGACUGUCGUCAGCAUAAGGUGACGAGUCCAAUUGUUGUUAAGCAGAUAUAG